AUGGAUCAUUCAAACAUAAGAACAUUCAAAAGACCACUUGAUAUACCAACAAGAGAGCAACUUGCCACCAUUUUCAAUCCACAUAAGAGACUAAAAACUCCUCAGGUGCCAGAUAAUGCUUCAAUACCUAGAGGGACGCACUUUGUUAAUGACGAAAAUCUACCAACAACUUCCAAUUUGUCAACCACUAAACAAAAUACUCUGGAUGCAAAUGACAGCCACCAUCAAUUUAAUCACCAUCCACUAGAUACUAUAAAUGACGCACCUUUAUUGAACUCAGUGCCUCCUAAUAUCGUACCCAUUGUUCAUCCACCAGCAAUCACCUCCGAUUUCUUUACUGAUGUCACCACAGAUUUGAGCAAUGAGAAUACAGCACAACAAGUUUAUGGAAUUAUUAAAAAAUUCCCUCCGCCUAUUCCUCCACCACCACCGCAUCCUCCCUUUAUGUCAGAACUUGAUGGUGACGUGAGUGACGAUGAAAGAGGAGGAAUCAUGGUACCAUUCAUUUAUCCACCUCCACCAGUUAUAAAUGUGGACAAGUUGCCACUUUCAUUAACCGAAUUUAGACGAAAAUUUCAACAAUCUUUGAAACUGUUGGAAAAACGAGAUAACAAAAUGAAAGACAGGGAAUCUUCAGAGGAAAGAAUGUCAAGAGGAGAACUUAAUGGUGUUGGUGGACUGAUAAACAGUCACUCCGAGUCUAAAGCAUCCAGUGCUGCGCCUCUAGCUUCAACUCCAGCACCAGCUGCAACUCCUUCAGGGCCAGCUAAACGUGGAAGAAAACCAAAGGUAAGACCUGAGCAGCAGGCUCAAGCACAAAAGGAGGAGGAAGAAGAAGCGAGAGCAAGGAAGGCAAGUCUGGAAGUGGGAACAUCUGAUAAUUUGGCUCCGGAAGGUACAGGGCAAGUGGACACGCAAUCUGACAAUGUUUCUUCCGCUGCUGAAAAGGAUCACUACGUAUAUGUGCAAGCGCCUCCUCUAUCAUUCCCACCACCAAAUUAUAUGGCAUAUCCACUAUCAGCUGAGAAAUCGACUUUGGUACCGGAAGAGGUAUUUACUUCACUACUUGAAGCCAAUGAGCAACUACCGCGCGUUGAUAUGGUGUUGGCUAGUGCUGCGGGCUCACUAUUUGAUAUAAGAAAGGAAGCUAUGAAUAAGGGCAUGACAAGAGAUGACUUUGAGUUGCAAAAAUUGAGAAAAGAAACUGUUGAAAUAUCUCUGGAUGUUUCAAGUGAAGGCGAACCUUCAGCCACAAAUUCACCGUACAAUGAUGAAGAGUACUACUCCAAGAUUGAUGACGAGGUUUACCAGGAUGUUUAUCAAGCACAGUGGCCAAAAGUCAACAUUUUCAACAAAACUUAUAUUGACCCAGACUAUGCCAGAGUACGGCCACAAUUGAGUAAUAUUGAGGAAAAACCAUAUGUUGAGAGCAAAAAGGAAUUGGAAAAUGUUGAUUCGUACCCUCAUGAAGCAAUGACUGGGUUGGAGAGAAUUGACAGACUGAAUGUGUUCCCAUUCUCUUCACGAGAGUUUAUUUUGAGUACCGGGGCAAUGAAGGAAAAGAGGAGGAAAAAAUUGCGCUCACAUUUAGAAAACAUGGAGGAGUUUGAACUGAGAAAUAGCGAUGAUAUCUAUCGUGCCAAGAAGUACAAGUUGUUGCAACGAAUUGACAAUUUACGAGCUAGCAAAAUACAUUUCCAAAAUUCAAUUAUCCGUGAUGAAGAGUUGAAGCAGAUUCAACAACGGUUGGAAAUCGAACGUGAUUAUGAAUUGGUGAAAUUGAAAUUGUUUGAGAAAUAUGAAUUAUUGAAAAACUCGUUGCUUUUUUAUGAAGAAUCAAACAAGGUUUACAAGCAUUUGAAUAUGGUGUUGAUUAACAAGUUGGAAAAAUUGAAAAACUUCUUUGAAUAUCAACAAGAGUUGUUUACUCAUUUAUUGGAACAACAGAAUAAAAAUGGUGGAGGUGAUGUAUUUGAUAUUUCAAAUAAAAACUCAUCAAAAUUGUUUCAAGGGAUUUCUUUGAAGAAUGCCGAUAGACCUGCAUCAUCAUCAUCCUCCGAUGAAGCGAAUGAUGAGGCUCCAGGAAAUCUAAACCAUGCCAGCGAAUCAGAUAAACUAUUGAAUGAAAUGAUGAAUCCUUCAUCCAAAUUUGCCCUUGUUCACGAUUUUAUGCCUUUAAUCACCCAGGAAGAAUUUAGCAUCAUUACUAGUGAUGUACCCAAAAAGCUUAAACCAACAACGUCAACAAAGACUUCAAUGAAGCAUCAGAUAUUUGCUAAUCCAAUUUAUGAUCGUUUAAUGACAUCUGGAUCAGAUACCAACGCCAGUGAUUCGAAUGCUAGUGGGUUCAAGAGUGGCUCGCCACAACCGCAACUUGUGCUGUCGGGUCCUAAAAGAAGAGGUAGGCGUGCAGCAGCUACUGCAAUGGCAUCGACAACAACAUCGACAUCUGCGCAAACUAAUGUCGCUAGCUCCUCAGGGAAUGGUACUACUGUUGGUGUUUUUGCUAGAAAUGGAGGUGUUCCAUCAACACCAACAAAAACCUCUGGCUUUACUACUGCCUUUCAAGCACCAACAAUGCAAAACACGUAUAUGCGAGAUUCAGUUGCUUUUAAUCAUCGAUAUACUGAGGCUGGAUUAUUGGCCAAGAUUACUAAACAAUUUUAUGGUCCACAAAUGGCCAAUUCUGAUGAGUUGAAUCAUGAUUUGAAAUUGAUGGGAAUAGAUACCAAAUGGCCGGUGGGGAAAUAG